GGGAGCCCUGUGUCCGCUCAGCACGCGUUGAUCCCAGUGUCCGCAGAGCUCCCAGGUGGUCUCGGGAGAUCCAAGUAGGGAGGAACUGCCCUAUAACCAUCUCUUUUCCCUUUAUCCAAGCAGAGCCUCGGCGUGCCCCCAGGACCGCUAAAGUUCUUCUUGCCAGCCGCACCCAUGCUUCUGGCGCGGAUGAACCCGCAGGUGCAGCCCGAGAACAGCGGGGCGGACGCGGGACCGGAGCAGCCCCUUCGGGAGCGCAAAUCUGCGGAUCUGCUGGUGGUGAAGGAGCGCAACGGCGUCCAGUGCCUGCUGGCGCCCCGCGACGGUGACGCGCAGACCCGGGAGACCUGGGGCAAGAAGAUCGACUUCCUACUGUCCGUAGUCGGCUUCGCGGUGGACCUGGCCAACGUGUGGCGCUUCCCCUACCUCUGCUACAAGAACGGCGGCGGUGCCUUCCUGAUCCCGUAUACACUGUUCCUCAUCAUCGCGGGGAUGCCCCUGUUCUACAUGGAGCUGGCUCUGGGACAGUACAACCGGGAGGGGGCUGCCACCGUAUGGAAAAUCUGCCCAAUCUUCAAAGGCGUUGGCUAUGCUGUCAUCCUGAUCGCCCUGUACGUUGGCUUCUACUACAACGUCAUCAUCGCCUGGUCACUCUACUACCUCUUCUCCUCCUUCACCCUCAACCUACCCUGGACCGACUGUGGCCACACCUGGAACAGCCCCAACUGUACCGACCCCAAGCUCCUCAAUGGCUCCGUGCUUGGCAACCACACCAAGUACUCCAAGUACAAGUUCACGCCGGCAGCGGAGUUUUAUGAGCGUGGUGUCCUGCACCUUCACGAGAGCAGCGGGAUUCAUGACAUCGGCCUGCCCCAGUGGCAGCUCUUGCUGUGUCUGAUGAUCGUCGUCAUCGUCUUGUAUUUUAGCCUCUGGAAAGGGGUGAAGACAUCGGGAAAGGUUGUGUGGAUCACAGCCACGCUGCCUUACUUCGUGCUGUUCGUGCUCCUGGUCCACGGUGUCACCCUGCCCGGCGCCUCCAAUGGCAUCAAUGCCUACCUGCACAUCGACUUCUACCGCCUGAAAGAGGCCACGGUAUGGAUUGAUGCUGCAACUCAGAUAUUUUUUUCCUUGGGGGCUGGAUUUGGAGUGUUGAUUGCAUUUGCCAGUUACAACAAAUUUGACAACAACUGUUACAGGGACGCCCUGCUGACCAGCAGCAUCAAUUGCAUCACCAGCUUCGUCUCUGGGUUUGCCAUCUUCUCCAUCCUUGGUUACAUGGCCCAUGAACACAAGGUCAACAUUGAGGAUGUGGCCACAGAAGGAGCUGGCCUAGUGUUCAUCCUGUAUCCAGAAGCCAUUUCUACCCUGUCUGGAUCUACAUUCUGGGCUAUCGUGUUUUUCGUCAUGCUCCUGGCGCUGGGCCUUGACAGCUCAAUGGGAGGCAUGGAGGCUAUCAUCACGGGCCUGGCAGACGACUUCCCGGUCCUGAAGCGACACCGGAAACUCUUCACAUUUGGCGUCACCUUCGGCACCUUCCUUCUCGCCCUGUUCUGCAUAACCAAGGGUGGAAUUUAUGUGCUGACGCUCCUGGACACCUUUGCUGCAGGCACCUCCAUCCUUUUUGCUGUCCUCAUGGAAGCCAUCGGAGUUUCCUGGUUUUAUGGAGUGGACAGGUUCAGCAAUGACAUCCAGCAGAUGAUGGGGUUCAGGCCGGGCCUGUACUGGAGACUGUGCUGGAAGUUCGUCAGCCCUGCCUUCCUCCUGUUCGUGGUCGUGGUCAGCAUCAUCAACUUCAAGCCACUCAGCUAUGACGACUACAUCUUCCCGCCCUGGGCCAACUGGGUGGGGUGGGGCAUCUCCCUGUCUUCCAUGGUCCUGGUGCCCAUCUACAUCAUCUACAAGCUCCUCAGCACACAGGGCUCUCUUUGGGAGAGACUGGCCUAUGGCAUCACACCGGAGAACGAGCACCACCUGGUGGCUCAGAGGGACAUCAGACAGUUCCAGAUGAAGACAAGACAAGAGAGGAAGAGAGCUACCAACUGCCAGAUAUCCUGCUGAACAGAAAUCCCCGAAGCUGCCUUAAUUCUCAAAGGGAGUUGCCGCUCAGAUGGGAGCCAGUUCCUCACAUAUGCUCUGUUUUCCAGCCUCACUAAUGUGAGACUGAGGCAUUCUUACCAAAUAAGUCAUUUCUUAGUAAAGAAGUCCAUUGAACUCACUUCAUUUGUUUAUUUCCUUUGAAAGCUGCAGAAGAGAGAAAAACAGAGAAGGCACGUAGUGUGGUGGAAACAGAACAGCAUGUAGAGUUUUACAGAAUUGGAUGUGCAGACCACUAGCUGGGUGGCCUGAGGACAGUGGCUUCAUCUUUGGGGGUUUCAAGAUUCUUUGUCUUUAAAAUCAGGGGUUGUAUCAGAUCACCAAAGUUCCCAUUCCAUUAAAGACAUCCCUGCAUGUCUCCAUAAUGAUGUUCUCCUGUUACAUUUGCAAUGAAGGAAACACAUCACCUAACUUUAAGAAUUUUCCAGAAUGAACUGAUGACCAAUGAUCUCUCUAUCAGAGAAAUGUCAGAUGUCUAGCCUUCAGAACUUUGAUUUUUCUGGACAUUCAAUAGUUCCUCUUUCUCAGAUAUUUUUAGCUGAUUCCAGAAACACUUGGUAUUUGUUUUUAAUCCAACCUUUUUGUUUUGAGGCAUUGGAGGGUAACACGUUGUCAUGCCCUGUGAGUCCCGGGAUCCACAGCUCUGCUGUGGUUGCAGAAGCCACUGAAACAUUGGUGAAUGCGAAGUCACUUUUGGGGUACCUGCCCUCAUCCCUUUGUCUCUCUGCUUCUGUGUAAAUAAAGACUGUUUCAAUUCUGUCCUCUCUGUGUCAUGGACUGUUCCAAUGUCAUGCAGAUUUCUGUGUCUGAUUUGGAUUUAUUUUGAAAGCUGUUAUCUUUGUGGAAAUAUAAGUGUACAGAAUAAUAAAGAGUUUUUCCUGGGC